AUGAUUCGCGCAGACCACAUCCUCCAAGUCCGUUGGACCGCGGGAAGUGGCUGGCAAACGCCCCAGAUCGCGCCAUAUCAGCAGAUAGAGCUCGAUCCUGCAGCCGCUGUUCUCCACUAUGGAUUCGAGUGCUUCGAAGGCAUGAAAGCAUACAAGGAUGCUUGGGGCAACGCCAGACUUUUCAGACCCGAGAUCAAUCUUGACCGCCUCAAUCGGUCGGCUGCUCGAAUUGCGCUGCCGACUUUCGAUGCCAGCGAGUUACUCAAGCUCAUCGUUCGCUUUGUAAAGCUCGAGGAACGUUUCAUAUACGGAAAACCGGGGUACUCGCUUUACCUCCGCCCCGUCAUCAUUGCGACCAAUUCCAAUCUAGGUGUCACUGCCCCCACAGCCGCCCUCUUGUACUGCAUUGCGUGUCCUGUCGGUCCCUAUUUCUCCGCAGGAUUCAAAGCCAUCAAUUUAGAAGCGACAAGCAGCGCCGUGGCGACUAGAGCCUGGCCUGGAGGUGCAGGGAAUCACAAAAUAGGUGGCAACUAUGCGCCGUGUAUCGCUCCGGAGAAAGCUGCCAAAGCGCGAGGGUUCCAACAGCUUCUUUGGCUAUCCGGUGCCGACGACCGUAUCACAGAGGCCGGUACCAUGAACCUCUUCAUAGUGCUGCGGUCCGAGCAGGAAGAACAGUUCGAAUUGAUUACACCGCCUUUGGAUGGAAUGAUUCUUCCUGGCGUGACGCGGGACUGUGUUUUGAGUCUGGCCAGGGAGAGGCUCCGGCCUUCGGGAUGGAUCAUUAGUGAGCGCCAGAUCUGCAUGUCAGAAAUUAUACAGGCAGCAGGGGCGGGGAAGCUGGUCGAAGUCUUCGGAACAGGAACAGCGGCUGUCGUCAGCCCUAUCCGCUCGAUCCAAUAUGGGGACACCCUAGUGCAGUGCGGGCUGGCCCGUCAUCAACGCGCGGGAGCGAUAACGGCGUUGUUCAAAGAGUGGAUCGAGGCGAGGCAAUACGCUGUGGAAGAACACCCGUGGAGCGUUCCGGUCAGCCAGAUCAGCUAG